GUUGAAUACCUGGGGCCUUAUUUACAUCAGUUGAAGAUAUAUCAACUUAUAUGGUGUGCGUAUCAGUGUUCUUACCUAAUUAAUGGAUUAUUUUGUGUACAUUAAUUCAUUCAAACUAGUGUCAAUGUAACUGUUACUAUCUGUGAAUUUUUUUUAGAGAAAAAAAAAGGUUAAACAUUUACGGAGGCAGAUUUUAGUGUGACGAGGGUUGGUGGUUUAAUAUCUGACAAUAGAUUUCUUGACCGGCCACUUCAAAUUGUUUACUUUUGUGUGUGGGUCAGUUUAAUUUACUGACAUUAUUUAAGAUACUUUGUGCUGUAUUUCAAACUAGUGACUAGUGGAAAUUGUUCAUAUUUUAAAUAUUUCAGAACUCACAAGGUCGAGCGAAAUUGAUAUUUAUGGUAAUUUAAAGAAUUACUCUACUGGAUUUACAAGCAAAAUUUAAUUGUGCAUAGCUCGUGUGAAGGAAUAAAUUGUAAAAAAGGAGAUAUCAACAGACAAGGUGCAAGGCAGUGCUCAGCAGAGUGGACUUCAGAGAAGCUGGUAGUGUGGAGGACAUUGGUGAAUUUGACAAAACAAGUGGAAUAUUUUCAACACAUCUUUUGGUGCAAGGGUGUAUUGGCAUCUAGUUUGGAGACCAGUAGCAAACUGUCAACACCCCCAUUAACGACCAUCGCAACUUUUACGGGAAUUCUACCUGCUACUGUAAAAGGGAAACAGAUCUACUGAAGGUGGAGUACAGAAAAGACCAAGCCCGCGAGUAAUGAAGCUGGAACUCGGAAAAAGUGAAAAUUUAUAUUUGGAUACAUCGUGCCUUAAAGUGCCUUUUGGAUUUUAAGUGGGAAAAAACAUUUUUCCUGGAAUAAAGGAUUAAUUACAACUCGUGGAAAAUAUAAACGUAAUAUAAUGAGAACUCGCAAAUAAAAAGGAAUAUUUUAUAGUUAUGAGGGACGUGUUAGAGUUGUCAUAGCAAUGUGUCUACAAGCUCAUGGGAAAGGAGCGUUUGAUCUCGACUUACGAACUCGUGUAAAAUGUCUGUUUACACUUGCAUUGUUGUGGACCGCUGUCAAAGCGGAGACAUCAUGGGUUAUCCAGCCUUCCGAUCUGAAGGUGACACAAGGAAGGAAUGUAACAAUGCCCUGCGAGGUACGCUCAAACCAAACUGUCAACACAAUCUGGAACAAGGGGAGCAUUACCCAGUUCUUCAACGGCCAGCCCAGCUCUGCGUCUGUUCCGAGCAACUACAAAGUAGAAUACACUUCCCAGGGAAAAAACAAUUUACAAAUCAGAAAUGUGCGGUUAGAUGACGAAUCGUUUUACGCGUGUCAGGUCAUCGGGUUUGACUCGGUCCAAGUCAAACUUACUGUAAAUAUUCCACCGGGCCAGCCAUCCAUCACUUUAAACACUUCAUUGCCAUCAGUAGAAAACGCUGUGAUAUCUUUAACUUGCUCAUCCUCGGGUGGGAAACCCACGCCCACAAUUCAGUGGUUGCGAAAUGGACAACCAGUAAAUAGUGCUGUUACAAAGCCUCCCGCUCAGGAGAUGGGCACUACGUCUAGUCGUUUAACUGUGACGUUGACACGUUAUGAUCAUAGUGCUAAUUAUUCAUGUGUAGUGUUCAAUGAAGCAAAUCAAAACAAACCAUUAAUUACUUCCAGGAUUUUACAAGUGCAAUAUUCCCCUUCCGUGAGUUUUCUCCCGGACUUUUCCCCCUAUCGUGUGAAGCUCAAUACUCAAGUGUCCAUAACAUGUAAUGUCACCUCGUACCCUCUCUACAACAGCCUUAUGUGGUACAAGGAUAAUGUCCCCCUUACUGUGAGCAUGAACUUCCUGCAAUUCCCCUCUGUUGAGAAGCAUGACCAAGCCAAGUACACAUGCGUGGCUCGUAAUCUCGUGGCCGGGCAGACGCGUGAAGCAAACGCUUCUGUCUACUUAGAUGUUCUGUACCCUCCUGUGGUAACAACCCCUAAUGUUGUUACGGCCAAUGAAAGUGAACAAGUAAACCUUUCCUGUAAAGUCGAAGCUAACCCACCACCCUCCGAGAUUCGCUGGGAGAAAGUCGGGGGGUCAACACCACAUUUGGGACCAAAUUACGUAAUCAGGGGCGACAAACAAAAUGCGGGAAAUUAUUCCUGUACAGCUAAAAAUCGUCUUGUGCCAUCUGAUGGGCCAGCAGAGGAUGUAUCUACUAAGAGAUUUACAACAUUGAGAAUACGAUACAAGCCAGGAAGAGCUUCCAUAAGCCCAGUCUCAUCCGUCAUCGUCGGACAAACAGUCACCUUAAACUGUGACAUUGAUGACCCCGGUUACCCUCCACCCACGUACGAGUGGUGGCGAAUGGAAAACCCUGGUAAGAUCUUGCAGGCUGAUGAGUCAUCCAGGUUUACGAUCCCUACUGCACGUCUGGACCACAAUGGAAACUACACGUGUCAACCUCAAAACAUGAUGGGGGUCGGCAGGGCUGAUACAAUUUCACUGGCUGUCAACUCCCCACCAGUGUUCCUCCAGUCUACGCCCUCUACCGAGUCCUACACCGUCCCCAUUACCCAGUCAAACAUGUUUGUGGAGCACAAGAUCUCCGGGCGCCCACUGCCCACUGUCCACUGGCUUAAGGAUGGUCAGCCACUCUCCUCCAUGACUGGUCUCUACAAGGUGGAAACAACCAAUACUCUCAACCAGUAUUUGUACACAGUGUCAACUAAAGUCCGGUUCAUUGGAACUGACCGUGACGAGAACCGCCUACGCCGGGACGAUAUUGGCAACUAUUCAUGCGUGGUGUCUUCAACUGCAACCCUCGGCCAGCAGAGCAAAAACAUGCACCUCUCAGUCGAAUUUGAGCCAGAGAUAACAGCGGGUGAUCGUGUGGCGGCUGAUAUGGGAGAGAAGGCGCGACUCAACUGUGUAGCCCAGGCUAACCCAACCCCUACAAUUGUGUGGUACAGAAAUGGACAGGUAUUGCCCAAUACAAGCCAGCUACUACAGGAGCAGCGACCAGCCGCCAAUGUGGCCACGUAUGAAGGUUAUCUAUCCAUCGCUUCCGUUACAAAUGCAGACUUUGGCCAGUAUCAGUGCGAUGUAACCAACAACAAGGGACAGGCUCGCAAAAAUAUUACACUAUCUAAAAAAGGAAAACCAGAAGCACCCAGUGGCCUGAACGCUCUAGCUAAAACUUGGGAGUCAGUCCAUCUACAGUGGACCCCAGGCUUUAAUGGAGGCCUCACUCAGGGAUUCUUUGUAGCGUUACAGAGUAUCUAUGGCAACAAGACUGUCGAGGUUUAUCCACAGGGAGUAACAAGGUUCAAUGUGACACGCCUUAUGCCUCAGACUUCAUACACGUUUUCUGUGUAUGGAAGCAAUACGCUUGGCAAGGGAGCUAACUCUGCCACAUUUACUGCCCAGACUGAAGUGCUUGUCUUCCCUGCCCUAAACAAGGUCCCAGAAUUUGAAAUGGAAGAUAAAAAACUGUCUGUUGCUAAUGACUUGAACCAGUCGUACUGUCUGCGUGUGGAAGUCAGCCAUGAUAAUGGGAAAGCGUGGACUGUCAUUGAGCCUUGCGUUACCGCAGAGACUGGGGAGAUAACUAUGGAUCGACCUGGCGCCACAAACGUGAAUGUGUCCAUAUGUCUUGUGUACCGGCCUGAAGUCUGUGGAGAACCUGUGUCAAGUAAAAUAAAUGCAGCGAACACGCCGGACCUAACCAAGACACAGGUGAUCAUUAUCGGCUGUGUGUGUGCCGCCAUCUUAACCGUCCUUCUUAUUAUUCUCAUCGUGAUUAUAUGUCGACGACGGCAAAAAAACAAAAAUUACACAGGAGACCCCCACAGUCCACGUACAGUCCAGCAAGGCAAUGGAGCUGUUCCACACCAGAAACCUCACAGCUAUGAAAACACAGACAUCAGUGGAAAUGGCGACCCAUACUACAGUGAUAAACAAGGAGACUUGUCAUUCAAUGGCUCUCCACGCACACCAACAAAAGACGGCCAGCAGUUCAGAAGUAUCCCCGAAGACCCCAUGAAGGAAGGCGGCAGUUUCGGUAGUGGAAACGAGAGUGGAUACUCUACACCAGAUAAGGCGAAACAACCUAAAAAGGUUAUAUACGAAGUUGUCGUAUGAUGGUUCCUUUCCUUUUCUGCUGUCAUCUUGAGAAACUUUGUACCAUUCUUGCCUACAGUUUUGUGAAAAACCCGCCGGAAAACUCGCAGACAAUCUUCUCAUGUGCUUCCUGUACCCAUGUGACUUUUUUUGUGUUUAGUUGCCAUGGAGAUGACCUUGAGAGGUGCAUGUGCAUGACCCAGUGACCUAGUUGUUGUGACAAGUGUUAUUUUUAGAAACACUAACUUACAAUACACCAUGACUGAAAGGCAGCUGAUAUAAUAUUAUUUUUGGCAAAGCCAGGAUUUAAAAUGUGAUGUACAUGAAUUAUAAAACCGUGUCUUCCAGCACCAAAAAGUGACUUUUGACACUAGUCCUAGUGUAGGUAGGACAAAUUCAAAUAUGGAAGGAUACGAAAAGGUGUGCGAGUAAGAUUUGUUUUAAAAUAUUCGGAGAAUAUUUUUGUUCCAAUACCAUGACUUUGUGAAGUACCAGUACUAUCAAAAGGAAGCUGUCGUAAUGGCCGAAAAACAGUUUGCUGUUCAAAAAAUGACUAAACCCACCGAAUUGUGUGUUACAAAACUGUAGAAAAUGCUGUUGCAUUGCAGUGACAAUGGAUGACAUUCAGUGGUAGAAAGGUGCUUUGUCAUUGAACAUAUAAGAAAUAUACAUUUUUAAGACAUGAGAUUCUUAGUGCAUGCUUAUUGUAACAUUUUUACAUCAUUUUCAUGUAUGAUGUAUGUAAUUCUAUUUUAUAUCUGAAGUCCAAUGUUUUGAUAUUGCAAUAUACAUGUCGGUGUGAAAGAUUGGGAAAAAGUGUGACAGAAUAUAUAUAUAUAUAGAUUGAUAUGUGUGUACACAUGUUUAAGAGUGCCAGACUCUGUAUGAUAUAAAUUAAGAAAAAGGAACCAUUUUAAAAACAACAAAAUUAUACCUAAAUUUAUGAUUAGAUAAAUCUCAUCUGAAUUCUCAUUUUAUAGGAUUUUGAGGCUUUUUAUUUAGUUUCGAACUGAGAUAAUUAAAAACAAACUGAUUGGUAAAAUCAAGCUUAUGUCAUUAUUUUUGGCUAAAUUAAAUAAUGUACUUAUGCCUGGUACACUUCAGAUUUUUCUUUAGUUCUUUUAAAAACUUGGGCCUGAGUUUCAUUUAAUGUUUGUAUUGUUCAAAUGAACACACAGUGAUUUUUGUUCAGGGCUUACAACUGAUCAUGUUACUUAUUGACUAAACACUACACAUAGCUUGGUAAUGCACAUCUGUGGUUUUAAGUUUCCCUUGAAGCCAGUAGUUUUAUACACUGAGUUUUUGUUAUACAUGUAUUUCUUCUGAGUCAUUUGGUAAUGUAUUGUUAUCACCAAUUACAUUGUUUUGUUGAUUUUGGACAAAACAGUUAACAAUAAUUAUUUUGAAAAGACAAAUAGCUAUUAUUUAUAUUAGUUUAUGCAUGUUUUUUUUUUGCUUUAAAUAAAAAAGAAAGAAGUUUGGAAAACUUGUUAUAUAAUUUGUUGUGUGAGUUAAGAUAUAUUUGGUUUCAAAUUGUUGUGAUCAAGAUAAACAUUAACAUAAUAUUAAGUAUAUUUUUCUUCACUGUCAUCAUUGUUAAAAUAGUUAUACAGAAUCUUCAUAAAGAUUGUUAUUACUUUAUCUUAAAUUACUAGGUUGUGUAUAAUUUACAAAAUCAAAAAAGUUGUUAUUGUAGUUUUAAAAUAGAGUUUUUUUAUGUAUAAUAAGGACCAAUAAAAACAAAUCUCUGUUUCUGGUCCCCUUUAAUAAAAGUAAAAAUAAGAGUUCAGGAUUAUUCUUUUCUGAAACAUAUAUUUUAAGAUACCAGAUUCAAGAACAAAAAAGGUUUAUUAAAAAACUUUUACCAUUGGAAUGAAAGAACACAACACAAAGAAUUGGGAAAGAACCCAUAAUUAAUUAGCCAUGCAGUUCAUGCUGAUAGAAUCUGCAUCAUUUUCACAUUUUUCAAUCAUUUUUGCCAAUCUAGUUGACUUAUACUUCACUGGUGCAAUAACUUAUAACAAAUAUAAUGAGUGACCAGGAAUAGAGCUCUUGUUUUCUUGGCUUUGAAUAACAUUGUACUGGAUUCUACUGUGUAUGUUAUUUUCGCCACAUUUUGUUAAUACCAUUUUGUCAUAAUCAUUUUCAUUUCGUUCUUUUUCUACUGUAUAGAAAUUUCUGUGUAUAUUUUGCACAAUUCUUGUAACAUAGUAUAGUUUUAUAUGGAAGCUAUGUAAGAAACAGAUUAACAUGUUACAAAUUUUGUAUUAAUGUGCAAAAUUCUCUAUAAAAAUAAUAAAAUAUGAAACUUGA